AUCAGUCCAAUUUCCACCAUCCUAGUUUUUAGUUGAAGUGUUCAGCAACACUGACCAUGUUGUAGCUUUCAUAAUUUCUAUUGUAUUUGAUUUUAUCAUUGCACUGGAAUUUUCUUAUCUGAAAUUUGUGAUAUUUACUCUUCUCAAUCCUUAUAGGUUAUGGAUCAAGCUGUGGAGAAGGGCCUUAUUUUCGUUGAAGGUUCUGGACCAACAUAUGCCACUGCCACUACCUUUCAGGAGUCAAUAAUUGCAGCUGGUGCUGGAUUAGCCUUAGUGGACUCAGUGGUUGCAGGUUCAAAGAUAAAGAGUGAUGCACCCACUGGUUUUGCUCUGAUAAGACCUCCAGGACAUCAUGCUGUUCCACAAGGACCUAUGGGCUUCUGCAUUUUCAGCAAUGUGGCCAUUGCAGCCCGUCAUGCUCAGCGUGAAUUUCUAUAUGUCAACGCAAAUAUUGNGGUGUUUAUUAUUGAUUUUGAUGUUCAUCAUGGGAAUGGAACAAAUGAUGCUUUCUAUAAUGAUCCAGAUGUAUUUUUCCUUUCGUUUCAUCAAGAUGGAAGCUACCCAGGCACCGGUAAAUUUAAUGAAGUGGGAAGUGGGGAUGGUGAAGGAACCACAUUAAAUCUGCCUCUUCCUGGAGGCUCAGGUGAUACUGCUGUUAGAACCGUGUUCGAUGAAGUUAUUGUACCAUGUGCCCAAAGAUUUAAACCAGACAUCAUUCUUGUUUCUGCUGGGUAUGACGGGCACGUGUUGGAUCCACUCGCUAAUCUUCAAUAUACAACUGGAACAUAUUACAUGCUAGCAUCCAGUAUUAAGCAACUAGCGAGGGAUUUAUGUGGGGGACGGUGUGUGUUUUUCUUGGAGGGAGGAUAUAAUCUGAAGUCUCUGUCAUAUUCAGUGGCAGACACAUUUCGUGCUCUUCUUGGUGAUAGAAGCUUGGCAUCUGAAUUUGAUGACCCUAACAUUUUGUACGAAGAGCCAUCUACAAAAGUUAAGCAAGCAAUUCAGAGGAUAAAACACAUUCAUUCCCUUUGAUGUCGAAAUCAGAAACUGACAUGACAAGUAUAUAUAAUCUAGCUAACAUUAAUAAUUUCAUGUUUUGUGGGAUCCAUCCACAAGUGUAUGUCGUUACCUCCUUAGGUUGUCUCUGCCCCACUUAUCACAUAGAAGCAAAGCAAUGGUACAGAAUUGCUUGUGAUCAUGUUGUCAUAGCCAUGUCACUAUAUACAAAGGAAUAAAACCUUCUUUUUAUAUCA